AGUUAAAUAGUUACAUGAUAUGUAUUUGCAUCGACACUUUUAGUACUUAGUCAAUAGAUAAAUUUACAUAGUUUGGUGUAAACACAACAAUUCAUAUGAAGUGGUUCUAUAUAAUGCAGUAACAUUGGCAACUACACAAAUCAAGUGCAUAGCAACAUCAUGGAGAAGCACAUUUUCUUAUUGAUUCUUCUCUUUCUAAUUCAAUUUUCUAUAUCAAUUGCUUUCUCAAAUGAGACUGACCAACAAGCUCUACUAGCUUUCCAAAAUCUUAUUACAACUCCCAAUCAUUUUUUGGCCAAUAAUUGGACCAAGACCGCGUCUUUUUGUUCUUGGUUCGGUGUCACGUGCAGUUCAAAAAGGCAAAGGGUUGUAGCCUUGACUCUUCCUAAUUUGCAACUUCAAGGCACAAUUUCCCCGUCUUUGGCUAAUUUGUCCUUUCUCAGUGUUCUCAAUCUCGAGAAUAACUCAUUCUAUGGUGGCAUCCCUUAUGGACUUGGCCACUUGCCUCGCUUGCAAGUGAUUGAUUUUCAAAACAAUGAGCUCCAAGGAAGUAUACCAACAAGUCUAUUUCAACACCCGAGAGUUCAAAUCAUUUCAUUGGCCUUCAAUAAACUCGGUGGUGAAAUGUGGAAAGGGCCAUGGUAUGUACCUGAACUUAGAGUCUUAAAUCUCAGGAACAAUAGCCUCACAGGUAUAAUCCCUCCUUCUGUUGGAAAUGCCACAAAGUUGAUGAACUUUAGCUUGUCUUAUAAUAGAAUCAACGGCAACAUUCCUAAGGAGAUCGGUAAUCUGAGCCAACUUGCAGUUUUGUCCUUGGUUGAUAAUCAAGUAACAGGUUCCAUUCCUACAUCACUUUUUAAUAUCUCGUCAUUACGUUCCCUAACUCUGGGAAGGAAUAGCCUUUCUGGUCCUCUCUUGCUUGAUGAAGGAAUAUUUUUAUCAAAUUUGGAGCGUUUAAGUUUAACUCGCAACCAAAUUUCUGGUCGCAUUCCUUCUAACAUCUGCCAACUCAUACAGCUUAAAAUACUGUCAAUAUCUUCCAACAACAUAACUGGAGAAAUACCCAAAAUUAUUGGUUGUUUAUCGAAGCUCGAGGAGUUUUAUAUUGGUAAUAAUCCAAUAACAGGGACUAUUCCCACUUCAUUGGGAAAUAUUUCCACUCUGCGAAAUCUUUACUGUGAAACCAAUAGCUUGGAGGGGCCAAUUCCACCAGAAUUGGGGAAGCUAUCAAAUUUGAUAGAAUUAGAUUUUGAAGAAGUUUAUAAUCUUAUAGGUCAGAUUCCGGAGGCUAUUUUUAAUAUAACUUCUUUGGAAUACAUUGCGUUAACUUCGAACAAACUCUCAGGGAGAAUUCCAACCUCUACUGGUCUUCAUCUUCCGAACCUCUUAGAACUUCAUUUGUCUGGCAAUGAGCUAGAAGGGGAAAUUCCUCCGCAUAUCACAAAUGCUUCCAAGCUUGAAAGGUUGGGGCUAGCAACCAACUUCUUCAGUGGAAGUAUUCCAACUAAUUUGGGAAACCUUCGUGAUCUGCGACUUCUUUUCCUACAUGAUAAUCAACUUACCAGUGAACAUGAGUUGCCAUUCUUCCAAUCUUUGGCAGACUGUAGGAUGUUGCAAUAUCUAGAUGUGGGUUACAAUCCGUUGAAUAGUGUUCUGCCCAAUUCAAUAGGUAAUCUUUCAUCUACUAUUGAAUUCUUUGAAAUGAGCAAUGCUCACAUCAAUGGACUCAUCCCCACAAGUAUAGGCAACAUGAGCGGUUUUAUAACCUUAUUCUUUCAAGAUAACAGCUUUAUGGGAAAUAUUCCUCCUGAGUUUGGUAAGCUUAAACAACUCCAAGGGAUGUAUCUAAAUAACAAUAAAUUGCAGGGACAUAUUCCAGAGGCGGUAUGCAAUUUAUCUCAUUUGGGACGAUUAAAUCUGGAAGGUAAUAAGCUCUUUGGGUUAAUUCCAGCAUGUAUAGGAAAUCUUAGCAUGCUACAACAUCUUUAUUUGGGUUCUAAUAAAUUUUCAUCAAAAUUUCCGUUGAGUCUUUGGAAAAUGAGUGGUCUUCUCUUUCUAAACGUGUCACAAAAUUCUAUAGAGGGAGAAGUUCCAUCAGAUAUUGGAGAACUGAAAGCCAUUGUAAAACUAGAUCUUUCAGGUAACCAUUUCUCAGGCAUGAUACCAAGCAGAUUGGGGGAACUCCAAAACCUGCAGUCCCUUGACCUAUCAAACAAUUCAUUUACAGGCUCAAUUCCAUUAUCCUUUGCCAACUUGAUAAGCUUGGAAUUCUUGAAUUUGUCUUUAAAUGCCUUGUCAGGUACUAUUCCUAAGUCAUUAGAAAAACUCACCCUUAAAAGCAUUAAUGUUUCAUUUAAUGAAUUAGAAGGUGAAAUACCCAAUGGUGGUGUGUUUGUAAAUUCUACUUUGCAAUCAUUUCUCGGAAACAAAGGUCUAUGUGGAAUGCGCAAAUUGGAGGUUCCUGCUUGCCCUAUCAGUAGUCAUGGAAAACAAUCAAAGUCUAAGGAGCUUGUGCUGAAAAUUGUUAUUCCAGUGGUUGUUUCAUCCUUUCUGAUACUCUUGUUGGUGUCAGCUUGGAUAAUGAAACGAAAGAAGAAAGGAAAGUCCAGAGAUGUUGAAAAGGUUCCGGAGAUAAGGACAUAUCAAUUGAUUUCUUAUCAUGAGAUUCAACGAGCAACAAAUAAUUUUGAUGAAUCAAAUUUAAUUGGUGUGGGAGGUUCUGGCUCUGUAUACAAAGGCACAUUAUCUAGUGGAAUUUUGGUGGCUAUAAAGGUUCUGGAUUUGCAAAGUGAGGAAGUAUGCAAAAGGUUUGAUACCGAAUGCGAAGUGAUGAGAAAUAUCAGGCACAGAAAUCUUGUUCCGGUGAUUACUACUUGUUCUAGUGACUAUAUAAGAGCCUUUGUUCUGCAAUAUAUGCCCAACAGUAGUCUUGAUAAUUGGUUGUACAGAGAAGAUCACCACUUGAACCUUCUUCAAAGAGUCACCAUAAUGCUUGAUGUGGCUAUGGCAAUUGAAUAUCUGCAUCAUGGUCAUGAUACUCCGAUUGUUCAUUGCGACCUAAAGCCAGCCAACGUUCUUUUGGAUGAAGCUAUGGUGGCUCAUGUUGGUGAUUUUGGCAUCUCUAAAAUUUUAGCUACAAGCAAAUUCAUGGCACAUACCGAGACAUUAGGCACUCUUGGAUAUAUUGCACCAGAAUAUGGCUUGGAUGGAAUAGUGUCCACUAGUGGUGAUGUUUAUAGUUACGGCAUCAUGUUGAUGGAGGUUUUGUCAAAAAGAAGACCAACCGAUGAGGAGAUAUGCAAUGAAAAUCUUGACUUGAGGAAAUUGAUAACACAGGCAUUUCGGGGGACUAUGAUGGACGUUGUGGAUGCCAAUCUUUUUCCUAAGAAAGAACAGAUCACUUCCAAAAGUGAAAUGUGCAUAGCCUCCAUGAUAGAAUUGGCUUUAGACUGCACAAAUGAAAAGCCAGAAUUAAGGAUAACCAUGAAAGAAGUAGUCAAGCGGCUUGACAAAAUGAAGAACACAUUUCUGAACACAUAGAAGUUAGCAUCUCUUCCGGCGGUGUUCUUUCUCUGCUACAAUUUAACAUGUUGCUCUUGAAUCA